UGUUAACUCUCUGUCUCUGAUGCCUUGCUUAUAUAAACCACCGACAAUAGUCACUUUGUUACCAGUUUGAAAGCAAAUUUCUUUACGCAUUUCAGUUGAGGGGUCACGUUCAGAUCAACCAGAGCCACCAAACUGAAGUGACCAAACUGCCCUCUCCCUUCACCUCUGACCUUUCCCUCCCUGCCCUGCUUCCAGCUUCCAGCUUCUGUAACUAAAACAAGUCUUUCUUGCCAGAACCCACUUUGGUGAAUCUGUAAGAUUGCUGUGUUACUGUGUUCUUAUGAUUGUUAUAGGUUCUGUGCUUGUUGGUCUUCUUCAAGUUUGAAUCUUGGUUUUAAUUUCAUGGUUAGUUGAUGGUUUAUUGAUACAUAGAUGGGUUUCUUCUGCUCUGCCUUAGCUGUAUGACUUGUAUGCGAUUCAAUUGGAUUUCUUUUUCAUCUGGGUGUACUUACAAAACGAUGGAGAUGGUGAGGAAUGUUUAUUGGGACUCGUUUGCGCAAUUCAGGUCUUUCUACAAACGGGUUUUGAAUUUUGGCAAUGAGAUGAUGAAGGGUUAUUGGAAAGUUUGGAUCUUUCAAACUUUCCAUGGACUAGUUGCAAUUGGUUCAUUGCUGUCCUUUGUUGUAGCCAUGGCAUUUGCAUAUAUGUAUUUGUUUCCCACCGUUCCCUCGGUAGUUCGAAGUUACGGGAUUUCGAAUUCAGCUAGUUCGAAUUCAAGUAGUUCCGUAGAGAAGUGCAAUGUUUAUGAAGGAAGCUGGAUUGCAGAUGAAAGUUACCCUUUGUACAAUGCAUCACUGUGUCCAUUUGCAGAACGUGGAUUUAAUUGCUUGGCUAAUGGAAGGGAAGAUAGGGGUUAUGCCAAGUGGAGGUGGAAGCCUAAGAAUUGUGAUAUUCCAAGAUUCGAUGCGCGUAAAGUUCUUGAAGGGCUUCGUGGAAAACGAGUUGUUUUUGUGGGUGACUCGCUAAGUAGAACACAGUGGGAGUCUUUGAUAUGUUUACUCAUGACAGGGGUGGAGGAUAAGAAGAGUGUUUAUGAAGUGAAUGGGAAUAAAAUCACCAAGCAGAUUAGAUUUUUAUCGGUACGGUUUACAACAUUUGAUCUCAGAAUGGACUUUUACCGGUCAGUUUUCCUAGUGCAGCGUGCUUCAAAGCCAGCGCGAGCACCAAAGAGGGUUAAGUCGACACUCAGAAUCAACAGGAUAGAUGACAUUAGCAAAGAAUGGAUUGAUUCAGAUAUUUUGAUCUUCAAUUCAGGGCACUGGUGGACACCGAGUAAACUUUUUGAACUGGGCUGCUAUUUUCAGGUUGGUAAAUCACUGAAGCUUGGAAUGCCGAUCACCACUGCCUUCAAAAAAGCUAUGAACACUUGGGCAUCUUGGGUUGAGACCUCAAUCAACACAAAUAGAACCAGUGUCUUCUUCAGGACUUUUGAGUCAUCACAUUGGAGUGGCCGACACCGUCAUUCUUGCAAAGUGGGUCAACACCCUUGGUUAAGCUCCUGGGGAAUGGACCGAAGCCCAGUUUCAGACACCAUUAUAAAGGUUGUGAGGAAAAUGGCAGUUCCUGUAACAAUUAUGCAUGUUACACCUAUGGGAGCAUUCCGAAGUGAUGGUCAUGUGGGUAUUUGGAGUGAUAAUCCAUCUGUGCCUGAUUGUAGCCAUUGGUGCCUACCUGGCGUACCUGAUAUGUGGAAUGAAAUUCUCUUGUCAUAUCUGCUACCAUGAAGUUGCAAAUAGACCUCCUCCUUUUGCUGCCGGCGUCACUGUGUUUGUUGGAACAGCAGAUACAUUACAGAAUGAGAGAUAUCCUGCCUUUCUAAUUCGAAUUUUAUCUCCUCAGAGAAAUCCUUCUUUGUCAUACCAUCAUGGUUUUAAUGCCAGUGGCUGUAGAACAAGGCCAAAUCAAUGGAAAUUGAGUUGAAGCUUCCCUUUCUGCAACAUAGUUGCUCAGAAGAUCUAGUAUUUAGGAGUAUAAUUUGUAAUUUGUAUGAAAACAAGUGCUUAUAAUGCCCAGUUGAUGCAUUAUCUGUAAAUUGAAAUAGAAAUUUCUAUACAUACAUCGGCCACAAA